GAUGCUGUGACGCUGCCUGGGAGGGGAGGGGAGGUGGGAUUGCCAGACGAUGGGAAUGCCUGUUUAACAGCACGUUGCUUUCUGAGACAGACAGACAGAGAGGGAGGGGAGGACGGUGUGUCAGAGCUCACUCACUCACUCACUCACUCCCAGUCGCUCAACACCAGCAAGAGAUCCCUGCAGCUUUCUGUACCAGAGAGAACUUGUGUCUCUCUCCUCCUGCUCCAACUUAACAUGAUCGCCUCUCACCUCCUGGCGUAUUACUUCACGGAACUGAAACAUGACCAGAUCCAGAAGGUGGACAAGUACCUGUACCACAUGAGACUCUCGGAUGACGUCCUGCGCGACAUCUCAGACCGCUUCCUGCUGGGGAUGAAGAAAGGACUGAGGAAGGACACCAACCCCACGUCCUCUGUGAAAAUGCUGCCGACGUUUGUCAGGUCCACUCCGGACGGGACAGAGAGUGGCGAUUUCCUGGCUCUUGAUCUAGGGGGCACUAACUUCCGGGUGCUGAGGGUCAAGGUUUCGGACAACGGGAAGCAGAAAGUGGAGAUCGAGAACCGGAUAUGCGCCGUUCCGGAAGACCUGAUGCACGGGACAGGCACUCAGCUCUUCGAUCACAUCGCCAACUGCCUGGCGAGCGUCAUGGAGGAACUGGACAUCAAAAAUGAGAAACUCCCUCUCGGUUUUACCUUCUCGUUCCCCUGUCAACAGACCAAGCUGGAUGAGAGUAUCUUGGUUCACUGGACGAAGGGAUUUAAGGCAAGCGGAGUGGAGGGGCGCGAUGUGGUCACUCUCCUCCGACAGGCGAUUACGAGGCGCGGGGACUUUGACAUUGAUGUUGUUUCCGUCGUCAAUGACACAGUGGGGACCAUGAUGACUUGCGGUUACGAUGAUCACAACUGUGAGAUUGGGCUGAUUGUUGGUACAGGCACCAAUGCCUGCUACAUGGAGGAGAUGCAGUACAUUGACAUGGUGGAGGGGGACGAGGGCAGGAUGUGUAUCAACAUGGAGUGGGGCGCCUUCGGAGACUUUGGAGAGCUGGACGAUAUCCGGACGGAGUUUGACCGAGAGAUUGACAGAGGCUCCAUCAACCCCGGGAAGCAGCUGUUUGAGAAGCUCAUUAGUGGAAUGUACAUGGGGGAGCUGGUCCGAAUUAUCCUCGUCCAAAUGGCCAAAGAUGGCCUGUUAUUCGAAGGAAAGCUUUCACCAGAGCUGCUCAUCAAAGGUCACUUCGAGACCAGAUACGUGUCAGCGAUUGAGAAGGAUAGCGAUGGUCUGCAGAAGGCUCAGGAGAUUCUCGCCAAGCUGGGCAUCGAAGCCAGCGCCGAUGACUGCGCGGCCACCCAGCGGGUCUGCACUGUUGUGUCAAGCCGCUCGUCGGAUCUCUGCGCUGCCACCCUGGCAGCGGUCCUGAGGCGCCUCAAGGAGAACAAAGGACUCGAGAGGCUGCGGACCACCAUCGGAGUGGACGGCACUGUCUACAAGAAGCACCCGCAGUUUGCCCGUCGCCUGCAGAAGUCUGUGCGCCGGCUGGCGCCGUGGUGCGACGUCCGCUUCCUGCCCUCGGAAGACGGCAGCGGCAAGGGCGCCGCCAUGGUGACGGCGGUGGCCUCCCGGCUGGCCCAGCAGCAGGAGCUGCGGGAGGCCACGCUGCGGGCCUUGACGCUGGACGAGGAGCAGCUCCUCCAGGUGAAGCAGCGCAUGCGGGCGGAGAUGGAGCGAGGCCUGACCAAGGACGGGCACGCCACUGCGCCCGUCAAAAUGCUGCCCACCUACGUCCGCUCCACGCCUGACGGGACAGAAAAGGGCGAUUUCCUUGCCCUCGAUCUCGGCGGGACCAACUUCCGGGUGUUGCUUGUGAAGCUUCGGAGCGGGAAACGCCGAGUGGCGGAAAUGCACAACAAGAUCUACGCCAUCCCCGUCGACGCCAUGGAGGGCACCGGAGAGGAGCUGUUUGAUCACAUCGUCCACUGCAUCUCGGAAUUUAUGGAGUACAUGGGGAUAAAGCAAUGCGUUCUGCCACUGGGCUUCACCUUUUCCUUUCCCUGCGAGCAGCGAGGUCUUGAUCAGGCCAUCCUCUUGAAGUGGAUGAAAGGAUUCAAAACGACAGGUUGCGAGGGUGAAGACAUUGUCGAUCUCCUCCGAGAAGCCAUCAAGAGGAGGGAGGAAUUUGACCUGGACGUGGUGGCGAUCGUCAACGACACUGUCGGAACGAUGAUGUCUUGUGGAUACGACGACCCCUUCUGUGAGGUCGGCCUCAUUGUCGGGACCGGUUGCAAUGCCUGCUACAUGGAAGAGAUGAAGAAUGUGGAGACGGUGGAAGGCGAUGAAGGGCGGAUGUGCAUCAACACAGAAUGGGGCGCGUUUGGCGACAAUGGCUGCCUGGAUGACAUCUGCACUGAGUUCGAUCGGGAAGUGGACCGGCUGUCGAUGAAUCCGGGCAAACAGACGUACGAGAAGUUGAUCAGCGGCAUGUACCUGGGCGAGAUCGUCCGCAACAUCCUCAUUGACUUCACAAAGCGGGGGCUGCUGUUCCGGGGCCGGAUCUCCGAGAGGCUCAAGACCAGGGGCAUCUUCCAGACCAGGUUCCUGUCUCAGAUUGAGAGCGAUCGCUUGGCGCUACUGCAGGUCCGAGCAAUCCUGCAAAAACUGGGCCUGCAGAGUACGUGUGACGACAGCAUCAUUGUCAAGGAGGUGUGUGGCGUGGUAUCGCGCCGGGCCGCUCAGCUCUGUGGGGCAGGAUUGGCCGCUGUGGUGGACAAGAUCCGAGAGAACAGGAAUCUGGAACGUCUCCGGGUCACCGUGGGGAUGGAUGGCACCCUUUACAAACUGCACCCACACUUCUCCUCGAUCAUGCACGAGACGGUGGCGCGCUUGGCUCCCCGGUGCGAGGUGUCGUACGUCCAGUCCGAAGAUGGCAGCGGCAAGGGCGCUGCACUGGUCACGGCGGUCGCUUGCCGGAUACGGGAGGCCGGGCAGCACUAGGAGUCCACUCAACCCUGCGUCUCCCCCCACCCCCCCCAACAAAACCACCUCCCCCUCUUGGCCGCGAAGACUUGCUCCUCUGCCCUUUUGCCUACGUCGCCCUUCUGUCUACGGUGAGCCAACAGCUGAGAGGAACUCGGGCAUCCGCGUUCGGAGCCACCCCAUGCCCCGGCACACGGGGAAGGGGCCAGUCUGCACUUUCGAGGGAGCCUGGAAGUGAUUCGAUGGGAAAAUGAGAACGGUGUAUCCUGGGAAUGUGAAACGGUGGAGUGAACUCAGCAGGUCUGUGGAGAGAGGAGAGAGAGACAGAGUUGGUGGGGGGAGGUGGGGGGAGGAGAGGGAGGAGGUAAAUGAUUUCAGAUCUAGUCACCCUUCCUCAGAAGGAUAACCGUUUCUGUUUUUGAUUCAGAAAGCGGUUGAGUUGGAUGUGUGUGUGUGUGUGUGUGUGUGUGACAGAGAUGAUCCUCAGCCUUCAAUACGCAGAGAUGGCCCGGCAGUCCCAAUCAGUUGCCAGUCGCUGCUGCUCAAAAUGACUUUGCCCAGGGGUGCCUACCACUGGAAA